UUAAUAAAUAUUUCGUAUUGUUUGCUGAGAGUGGAAAACACAAAAUUGAAAAUCUAAACCCCAAAUUCAAGUUUUCUGCUCAGUUUCUUCGAUAAGGGUUCAGCCUUCGGAAAGAUGGAUGGUAAAUGGUAUAGUGGUAAACAGGAGAUGCACAAUAAACGGCAAGAUAAAAAGGAUGAGGCAUACAAUGCGACUGUUCUUGAGGAUCUUGCUGAGGAUUUUCGGCUGCCGAUUAACCAUCGAAUAACGGAGAAUGUAGAUUUGGAUAAUGUGGAGCAAGCGUCUUUAGAUACACGGAUAACCUCGUCUAAUGUCGGGUACAGGCUUCUUCAGAAGAUGGGAUGGAGAGGAAAAGGGCUUGGAAAGAACGAACAGGGGAUUGUGGAGCCGAUAAAAUCCGGGAUAAGAGAUGCAAGAUUAGGCCUGGGUAAACAAGAAGAAGACGAUUUUUUUACGGCAGAAGAAAAUAUCCAGCGCAGAAAGCUGGAUAUUGAAUUCGAAGAAACUGAGGAACUUGCCAAAAAACGAGAGGUUGUAGCAGAGCGCGAACAGAAAAUACAAACCGAGGUCAAAGAAAUACGCAAGGUCUUCUAUUGCGAGCUUUGCAACAAGCAAUAUAAAUUAGCCAUGGAGUUUGAAGCUCACCUUAGCUCCUACGAUCACAACCACAGAAAGAGAUUCAAACAAAUGAGGGAUAUGCAUGGAAGCAGCAGUCGGGACGAUAGACAGAAACGAGAACAACAACGUCAUGAAAAAGAGAUGGCAAAAUUUCUGCAAAUGGCUGAUGUGCAUAAGCAGCAGCAACAACAGACGCAGAAUCAGGAGGAAAGUGGGACCCACACAGCUCCUCCUGCGGUAACUAGCGGUGCUACUAAAGUUACCGACCAAGAUCAGCGGAAAGUUUUGAAGUUCGGGUUUUCUGCCAAAGGCAGCGCUGUCAAGAGCUCUGUUAGCAAUACAACUAAGAAGCCGAAGGUCGCUAUUGCCUCCAUUUUUAGCAAUGACAGUGAUGAAGAAUAGGGAAUUUCUGUU